AAAAAGAAAAAGAUGGGAGCAGCAUGUUAUAAUUGCCAUUAAAAUUCUUAAGGAGAAUAAGAAAUAUAACUAAAACCAACCUAAAAGAUCCCAUCUAAGCAAACUAUAAUUAGUAAUAAUGGUGUGUAAUAUUAAAUUUAAUUAAGAUUCAAUACCCCUGAAUUUAUAAGAUGAAGAGCUUGUCAAAAAUGCAUCUGUAAUAACAAAAUUCCAUAAAAUGUAAAUGAAGAAUAUGGGUUAUUAUGAAGGAGAGUGGUUGAAUGGAAUGAGGCAUGGAUAAGGAAUUUAUGUAUGAGAAAAUUUAAACUAUAGACUUGGAGUGAUAAUACAGUUUAUACAGGUUAAUUUUAAAAUGAUUUAAUGCAUGGUAAAGGUUAAAUUAUCCAUCCUAAUGGAGAUAUUUAUGAAGGUGAUUGGGCUAAUGAUUUAGCAAAUGGUUUCGGAAUUUUUAAAUAGAGUAAUCUAAGUACAUACACUGGAUAAUGGAAAGAUGAUCUUUAACAUGGUGAAGGAAUAGAAGAAUGGCCUUAAUAAAUUAAAUAUGAAGUUUUUUAAUUAAGUAUUAUUAGAUAUAUAGGGUUAAUAUGUAAAAGGAAAAAAACAUGGAAGAGGGAAAAUUGUUUUCGAAGAUGGUAGCCGUUAUGAUGGAGAAUUUAUUAAUAAUCAGGCAUGUGGUAAUGGAGAAUUUUAUUGGCAAGAAGGAAAAUAUUAUAAGGGAUAAUGGAAAGAUAAUUAAAUGAAUGGUAAAUAUUAUUUAUAAUUAUUUUGUAGGAAAAGGAGAAAUGUUUUGGCCUGAUGGCAAGCAUUAUGUAGGUGAUUAUGAAAAUGAUAAAAAACACGGACAAGGAUAGUUUACAUGGGAAAAUGGAAAAGUGUAUAUUGGUGGAUGGUAUUAAGGUAAACAACACGGUAAAGGUUAUAUUAUUGAAGAGGGUAUCAAAAGAGAGUGCAUUUUUGAAAAUGGUAGGUUAGUGAAUAAUAAUUGAUAUAAUAGCUGUC